AUGGAUUUGUUUGACAUCAAGCUAAGGUUAUGGGGAGAUCAUGGGCAAGAAGCUUUAGAAGGAGCUAAGAUUUGCUUGAUAAAUGCAUCAGCCACUGGGACUGAAAUUUUAAAAAACCUUAUUCUUCCAGGUAUAGGAUCAUUCACUAUUGUGGAUGGUCAGAAAGUUACUGGGGAAGAUGUUGGUAAUAACUUCUUUUUGAACAAAGACAGUAUUGGAAAGUCUCGUGCUGAAUGUACCACUGAGUUUCUUCUUGAAUUAAAUUCAGAUGUUUCAGGAGAUUUCAUAGAGGAGACAACGGAAUGCCUAUUAAGAGAAAACAGUGAAUUCUUCAAGUCAUUUACUGUUGUCAUAGCUACACAACUGCCUGAAGAAACUUUGUUAAAACUUGGUUCAUUGCUAUGGUCAAGCAACAUUCCUUUAUUAGUAUGCCGCUCAUAUGGCUUCAUUGGUUGCAUGAGAAUUGUGCUACAAGAGCACUGUGUUGUUGAAUCACACCCUGAUAAUGCACAUCCUGAUCUCAGAUUAGACAGACCAUUCCCUGGCCUUGUGGAAUAUGUUGAUGCCUUAGAUCUUCAUACCAUGACAAAACAGGAACAUGGACACACACCUUAUGUGGUAUUGUUGUUAAAGUAUUUAAACAAAUGGAAAGAAGAGCAUAAUGGUAGACCACCACAAAAUUACAAAGAAAAAGACUUGCUUAAACAAAUGCUAAGAGGAGGAAUUUUAGUCAACAAAGAUGGUGUGCCUGAAGAGGAGGAGAACUUUGAUGAGGCCAUUAAAGCGGUGAACUCAGCUCUUGUUCCUACUAAGAUACCUAGUGACAUUUCUCAAAUUUUUUCUGAUGAUGCGUGUAGUAAUAUUAUUGAAUCUAGUAGUUCCUUCUGGAUUUUAGCAAAGGCAAUGAAAGAAUUUGUAGAAACUGAAGGGGAAGGAGCCCUUCCUUUAAGAGGAUCAAUUCCAGAUAUGACAGCAGAUUCAAAAAGAUACAUUGAGCUUCAAAAUCUAUAUCAAGACCAAGCAAGAAAAGACAUUGCUGCAGUAACUCAAAGAGUGCAUAGAAUACUACUUGAUUUGGGAAAGUCAACAGACACCAUUCCAGAUUCUGAAAUUAGGCUUUUCUGUAAAAAUGCGUCCUUUUUGAGGUUAGUCCGAGGUCGGUCAUUGGCGGAGGAAUGCGAGCCUUCAGUUGCCAAGGCAAAUGAAUUAGGUGGUUUUCUUGAUGAUCCAGACAGCAAUGUUGUAUUCUAUAUCUUGUUAAAAGCAGUGGAUAGAUUUUAUACGCAAUAUCACCGAUAUCCAGGAUAUUUCGAUGAACAAGUAGAGGCUGAUGUUGUUAAGUUAAAGAGUUGCCUAAGCUCUUUGCUUCAGGAGUGGUCAGUGAGCGCGGAUGUGAAGGAGGAGUACGUUCAUGAAAUGUGCCGAUAUGGAGCCAGUGAAUUGCAUUCUGUUGCCGCUUUUAUUGGAGGCGCAGCAGCCCAGGAAAUCGUGAAGCUUGUAACACAUCAGUUUGUACCGUUUAAUAACACGUAUAUCUACAAUGGGAUCACAGGCUCCUCUACCACUUUACAGCUUUGAAUUCUUUUCUUCGACCGACAAACCUCUUCCUACAGUGUAGGUCAGAACAGAAAAACACAAGCCGCAGUGGAAUAUUCCUGCGUCCUCGAGAGAUAUGCGGAAACUUUGAUUAUAGAUUUGGUUGUUUGCAGUUCAGCAGCAAACAAGGAGUUUUUUUUUUAAGACACCAGCGGCUUGUCUCGGAUCUUUGUAAAUAGUUAGGAUCUUGGAAAAUUCCUGUAAUAAAAUGUUUUAUUGUAUUUUCAAAGCAGUCACUAAAGCCCGUCCACACCAGGGACCACACUAUACCCUGCGUCCACACUAUGCCGGAGAAAUUUGAAAACGGCUUAAACACAUCAAAUGACGACACUAAAUGUAAUUUUCUAUUUUUUUGUUAGAUGACCUACCAGAUUAAAAAUUAUGAAAAAAAUGCAAUAUUUAAAAUAAAGCUUAAAAAAGUUAUUCUUAAAAYACAACAUGCUGAAUUAYGCCAAAUA